AUGACGACCCCCGCGCCGCCCGAGGACCAGGCUAGGCUGCUGGAAGACGCCCUCAUCGCGGUGCGCCAGCAGACGGCGUUGAUGCGCAAAUGUUUAGACACGCCGGGGAAGCUCAUGGAUGCGCUUAAGUGCUGCUCCACACUGGUCUCCGAGCUUCGAACUAGCAGUCUGGGUCCGAAACAGUACUACGAGCUGUACAUGGCUGUUUUCGAUGCCCUCCGCUACCUCUCCGUCCACCUCCGCGAGAACCACCCGGUCAACCACCUAGCCGACCUGUACGAGCUGGUACAAUAUGCCGGCAACAUCAUCCCCCGCCUCUACCUCAUGAUCACCGUCGGCACAGCAUACAUGGCCAUCGAGGGCGCACCGGUUAAGGAACUGAUGAAAGACAUGAUGGAUAUGAGCCGUGGCGUCCAGCACCCGAUCCGGGGCCUCUUCUUGCGGUACUACCUCUCCGGGCAAGCGCGAGACUGCCUCCCGUCUGGCGACUCUGAUGGGCCCGAAGGCAAUCUCCAGGACUCGAUCAACUUUGUGCUUACCAACUUUGUCGAGAUGAACAAGCUGUGGGUCAGGCUACAGCACCAAGGGCAUUCGAGGGAGCGUGAGCAGAGGACACAGGAGAGGAAGGAGCUUCAACUGUUGGUUGGGAGUAACGUGGUGCGUUUGAGCCAGCUAGUGGACCUGCGCGCGUACAAGGAUGGUAUUCUGGCGCCAUUGCUGGAGCAAGUCGUCCAGUGCCGUGAUGUCUUGGCCCAGGAGUAUCUGCUGGAGGUCAUCACGCAGGUCUUCCCCGACGAGUUCCACCUCCACACCCUCGACCAGUUCUUAGGCGCCGUGUCCCGAUUAAACCCACAUGUCAACGUUAAGGGUAUUGUUAUCGGUCUCAUGGACCGUCUUUCCGAUUAUGCCGAGCGCGAAUCCCAGAACGAGUCAGAGGAGGACAGGGAAAAGGUGGAGGAAGAAGCUUUGGUAGCUUUGCUUGAGAGGGUCAAGCUUGCCGCGGAGACUGCUUCCAGCGAGGCCCAGGCUUCGAGCGCACCUCAAGGAGAGCCGUCGGAACCACCAAAACCCGACGACAAGCCGGAAGAUAAGGACGAGACUGAUGCGGAUUCCAAGGCAGAGACAUUGACCAAGGAGCACGAGGAGGAGCCGACGCCAUCAAUAGCAGAGACCGAAGCGACAGCGGUUAAUGCAGAGGAAUCGCAGCCGGCCACGAAGCGCAGAGGGAUCCCGGAGAACGUACCACUGUAUGAGAUCUUCUUCGGGCAGGUGAAAAACCUGGUACAGGCGCAACAUUUGCCCAUACAAGACACGAUUGCGCUGCUUGGUUCCUUGACGAAUCUUGCUCUGAAUAUCUACCCGGAAAAACUGGAGUAUGUGGACCAAAUUCUGGACUAUGCCCACAGCAAGGUCAGGGAACACGCCAACAGCGCGGAUUUGCACUCCCAGCCCGCGCAGCAAAGCCUCCUCGCCCUUCUACAGAGCCCCAUCCGGCGUUAUGUAUCUCUCUUCACCGCGCUAUCUCUUCCGACCUAUGUUCCUUUUUUCCAAUCUCAGACCUACCCGACACGAAGAGCAGUUGCUGGGGAAGUGGCGAGGACACUCCUCAAAAACCAAACAUUCAUUUCCACACCUGCCCACCUCGAGAAUGUCCUCGAGGUCCUCAAGGUGCUCAUCAAAGAGGGUUCCCAGCCGCCAGCAGGCUACCCCGGGGUCGUCCAGCCGCGGGCGAGAACGCUCGAGACCGACGAAACGAUGGAGGAGCAGGGCUGGCUCGCGCGCCUUGUGCACCUCGUGCAUUCCGACAACAACGACACCCAGUUCCGCCUCCUCCAGAUGACAAGAAAGGCCUACGGUGAAGGCAACGAGCGGAUCAGGACCACCACUCCACCUCUCAUCACCGUCGGCCUCAAGCUCGCUCGCCGCUUCAAGACCCGCGAACACUACGACGACAACUGGUCCUCCCAGUCCUCCGCCCUCCUCAAAUUCCUCCACUCGGCCAUCUCAACCCUAUACACGCGCGUUAACGGCGCCGGCGCGGCCGAGCUCUCCCUGCGCCUGUUCUGCUCCUGCGGACAGGUGGCCGACAUGACGGGGUUCGAGGAAGUCGCGUACGAAUUCUUCGCGCAGGCGUUCACCGUCUACGAGGAGGCCAUAAGCGAUUCCAAGGCGCAGUUCCAAGCCGUCUGUGUCAUUGCUAGCGCGCUGCACCGCACGCGCAACUUUGGCAAGGAGAACUAUGACACGCUUAUUACUAAGUGCGCGCAGCAUGCCAGCAAGCUGCUGCGCAAGCCGGAUCAGUGUCGCGCUGUGUAUUUGGCGAGUCAUUUGUGGUGGGCUACGCCCAUUGCGGCGAAUGGGGAGACGGAGGAGACAGAGCUCUACCGCGAUGGCAAGCGUGUCCUGGAAUGUCUGCAGCGCGCCCUUCGUGUUGCGGACUCCUGCAUGGAGACAGCUACAUCGAUCGAACUCUUUGUCGAGAUUCUCGACCGUUAUGUCUAUUACUUUGAUCAGAAGAAUGAAUCCGUCACGACUAAAUACCUCAACGGCCUGAUCGAACUGAUCCACUCCAACCUAGCCGGCAACCAACAGGAUUCGGCGUCCGUCGAGGCCAGCCGGAAGCAUUUCAUGCAGACCCUCGAUAUGAUACGUAGUAAGGAGUAUGAGGGCAUCGUGUUGACGCCGAAGUAA